AUGUCGAGUUAUGUGAAAUUCCUCAAGGAUAUUCUCACCAACAAGAGAAAGAUUAGAGAACAUGAAACAGUUGCACUAACAUAUGAGUGUAGCGCCUUGUUUCAAAAUAAUCUCCCUGCUAAAAUGAAGGAUCCUAGGACUUUUACAUUACCUUGCACCAUAGAAGGGAAGAUGGUUGGAAACGCACUGUGUGAUUUGGGGGCGAGCAUAAAUUUGAUGCCUUUGUCAAUCUUUAAGAAGCUGGAUAUCGGCAAAGCUAGGCCAACCAUGACUACGUUGCAAUUAGCCGAUAGGUCAAUAAAGCUUCCGGAGGGCAAGAUAGAAGAUGUUCUCGUGCAAGUAGACAAGUUUUUCUUCCCCACAGAUUUCGUUAUAUUGGAUUAUGAGGCAGAUAGAGAAAUUCCUAUCAUCCUAGGAUGCCCAUUUCUCACCACAGGGCAAACAUUGAUCGAUGUAUAG